UCUGUUUGUCCAGUCGGCUCGUCUGCUCGGGCUCGACCAGUCGUGUGUGGAUAGUUUACGAAACCGGUCGCGAUCCUCCUCUGCUGCUUGCUGUUGUUGUUGCUGCUGCUGGUGCUGCUGCUCGCGUGUACGUGUUGUUUCGAUCGUUUGAAAUUAUCAACUCCUGAGGAAAGUGGAGUCAAGAGUUCUCGCGCGUUGAGUUUGAAUUUCGUUGUUUGCAAAAAAACCGUCGGUUAUCAGGCCUUCUCUAUCAGUGAUCGAGUGGCGCGCGAGGCGUAAGAUGUAGUAAGAGCAGCAUCCAUCCAGUUGGAAUAUCAGUGUCAGUGCUAGUGAGUUGAACAGUUUGUAGGGUGUAGACCUGGUGAAGACAACCGUGAGGAAAGUGAUCCCCCUGGUGUGGGGCGUAAUCUGAUCGUGAUGUUGUCCUUGAUGGUUCGUUGUUCCUGGUGGAGGCUGAAACUGAUCGUGGUGUUGAUGGUGGUAGUGGCGCUGAUCAAGGUGGAAUGCACGCAACAAUCUUACACAGUUGAUGAGCUACUUCAGAGUACCUUCCCAAUUGGGAUUUCACAUGAUAUUGAUAUGGAUCCUUGCAAGUCCAGAGGAUUCAUGGGUGAUAUUGCACUGCCAAAUGUGAAAUAUGAGAGUGAAUACCAUAAACAAAGACUAAGACAGCAGGAGGAGGAAGAGGCGUUGAAAAGAGAGAUUGAGGAAGGCUUGCAGGUAGAAGCAGAAGGGCUCACUACGGUGGCAGCACCUGUUUCGUCCAGCAGGCGUCCUAGCGAUAAGACAAGUGGUAGUGAGCUCGUGAGGCGAUCACCGAAGUUGAAUGUAAACAAAAGUGCAAAAUCCAGGAAACGACACAAUAAGCGACGAAUAAAGGACAGUGAUCGAGGUGGUGCUAGAGCAAGAUCGUUAGAUUCUAGGAAAGUGGGACGACAUAGCAAGGGUCGUAAACCGAUUACACCACGUAAAGUGCGACGAUCGAAGGGUAAACAUACUAAUCGAGUGUUACAUAGAUCGACUCGUGCUGCGACGGCAAAGAAGGAACGAAUCUGGGACUUUGGCGUGAUACCAUACGAGAUCGAUGGUAACUUCAGUGGUUUACAUAAGGCUCUCUUCAAACAGGCCAUGCGCCACUGGGAAAACUAUACUUGCAUCAAAUUCGUGGAGCGCGAUCCGGAAGUCCAUCCGAACUUCAUCGUUUUCACUGAACGACCAUGUGGAUGUUGCUCGUUCGUUGGCAAACGUGGUAACGGACCUCAGGCUAUAUCGAUAGGGAAAAACUGCGACAAAUUUGGCAUUGUAGUGCAUGAACUCGGUCACGUAGUGGGAUUUUGGCAUGAACACACUCGUCCUGAUCGCGAAGAUCACGUCGUAAUAGAAAAACAUAACAUUAUGGUCGGACAAGAAUACAACUUCAACAAACUCACCGAUGACGAAGUCAACUCCUUAGGUCAACCAUACGAUUACUACUCGAUCAUGCAUUACGCUAGAAAUACGUUUUCCAAAGGAACCUACUUAGACACCAUCCUGCCCGUUGAUAUGCCAGGUCAAAAACGACCGGAAAUAGGUCAACGUUUGCGAUUAAGUGAAGGUGACAUCAUUCAAGCAAAUCUUUUAUACAAAUGCGCAAAAUGUGGCCGUACAUUCCAGGACCACUCAGGCUCAUUCACAUCUCCUAGCUACUAUUCGAAAACUCCUCCCACAGAACCGGAACGUUGCGAGUGGCGAAUCACUGCCACUCAUGGCGAACAAAUCGUACUCAACAUCACCGAUCUGGACAUCCAUAAAUCGGACAACUGCCGUACCGAUUAUCUGGAGAUCCGGGACGGCUACUGGCACAAGUCCCCUUUGUUGGGGAAGUUCUGCGGAUCGGGCCGAAACAGCAACCUGAUCGUGUCCACAGGAAGCCGAAUGUUGCUGAACUUUGUAACGAGUUUCCGUCAGGCCGGUAAACGAGGGUUUGCCGCCAAUUAUGAAGCCGUCUGUGGAGGCGAGAUCCACUUGGAUAGUAGUGGAGGUCGUCUGGAAUCGCCGAACUACCCGGCAGAUUAUCUACCGAACAAGGAAUGCAUUUGGAAGAUCACUGUACCGCAGGAUUAUCAAGUGGCGAUCAAGUUCCAGUCGUUUGAGGUGGAAAACCACGACAGCUGCGCGUAUGACUACGUAGAAAUUCGUGAUGGUGACGACGAGGAUUCGAGGGAGAUCGGGAUCUUUUGCGGUUAUAAACUCCCACCGGAUAUGCGAUCAACAGGCAACACUAUGAUUGUGAAGUUCGUUUCGGAUGGCUCGGUGCAAAAAGCUGGAUUCUUGGCUACGUUGGUUAGGGAGGUGGACGAAUGUGAACGAAUGGAACACAACUGCGAUCAUGAAUGUAUCAAUACUCUAGGGGGAUACGAGUGUGGUUGCCAAAUCGGGUAUGAACUGCACAGCGAUCGGAAGUCUUGCGAGAAAGCAUGCGGAGGAAUCCUUUCGCAGAGAAGUGGCACUGUUGUGUCACCAUCAUUCCCGAGAGAAUAUCCAUCAAUGAAAGAUUGCGCUUGGGAGAUUGUUGCAUCACGACAGCAUAAGAUUACGCUGAACUUCACUCACUUCGACUUGGAAGGUAACGUAUACUAUCAGCCGUCGGAAUGUGAUUACGAUGCCGUAACGAUAUACUCAAGAAUCGGGGAAGAAGCGUUGAAGAAGCAUGGAACGUAUUGCGGAUCGAAGCUUCCUCCAAUGAUCACUUCCGAAAGUCACAUUCUACGAUUGGAGUUUCGGUCAGAUAAGACAGUGCAGAAGACUGGUUUUGCGGCAGUGUUCUUCACCGACGUGGAUGAGUGUGCGGUCAACAAUGGAGGAUGUCAACACGAAUGUAAGAAUACGGUAGGAUCAUACGUUUGCUUGUGUCGAAAUGGCUACGUAUUGCAUGACAAUGGACAAGAUUGUAAGGAAGGUGGAUGCAAGUUUGAAAUAACAGCUUCAACUGGGCAGAUCUUCAGUCCAAAUUACCCAGAUGAUUAUCCACCGAAAAAGGAUUGCAUCUGGCAUUUUACGACUGCUCCAGGCCAUCGAAUCAAACUAGUGUUCAGCCUUUUUGACGUAGAGCUUCAUCAGGAGUGUGCGUACGACAACGUCGCAAUUUACGACGGUGAUUCACAGGAUAGCUACAUUCUUGGGCGAUUCUGCGGAGCGAAGCUUCCUCAUCCGAUCUUGUCCACCUCCAACGAGAUGUACAUGGUGUUCAACACGGACGCUAGCGUCCAGCGUAAGGGUUUCUUGGCUACUCACACAACCGCUUGCGGAGGUUAUCUUCAAGCCAACAAUGAGAUCAACCACUUCUAUUCUCACGUAAACUACGGCGAUGGUGUUUACGAUAACGGCGCAGAUUGCGAGUGGACCAUUGAAGCGGACUCCGGCCGCAAGGUCCAACUAACCUUCCUGACAUUCGAUCUGGAAGAGGAGAAGACAUGCUCGUACGAUUACGUUGAACUGUCCAGUGGAUUCGAUGACACCGCCAGUGGUCAGCUGCAUGGAAAGUACUGCGGUAAUCGUCUACCGGCAGAGGUAAUUUCGAUGAGCGAAGUCAUCGUCGUUCGGUUCCGCUCAGACGACACUGUUGGAUUCAAGGGCUUCUCGGUGGCGUAUGUUGCCAUUAACCCAUACGAAGAUGAAGAACUAUCAACGGCCGAGGACACAUACGAGAGCAACGAGCAGGCCGCGCCAUUUCCGGGAUCGUUAAGAAGCAUGUUCAUCAGCCAGGAUGAAUACGACGCGGACGAUGAUGACACCGUCGGUGAAGACGAUACGGAAUAUGCUACAUAUCAUCAUCGGAAACAUCAUCAUAAAAGUAAAGUGCAAUUGGGAGUGCAGAACGGGUUGGAAUCGACUCAGAAGACGGGAGAUUGAUCAAUUUGUGUAAUGUGUGUGUAAUAUUGCUUUUUGAUUGAAGUGACGAUGGGCAGCUAUUACUGGAUGAGCAGUCGACACGAAGAGUUCAAACUACGAUACAAAACGAUCCAGUUCCUAGGUUGUUCAGCUUUUAUUGAUUAACGAAGUGCCUUAUUUUGCCCUACGAGUUUGUAUCAUAGUGAAUUUGUUUACUUUCUAGGUUAUGAAAUUGAAUAGACUGAAUUUAGUUGUAAAUACAGAUGGUAGAUUGAAAAUUGAAA